AUGUCGCGACGAAGCGAUCGUCCUCACAGGCAUAGCCGUUCUAGCAAAUCGAGACAGGAAGACAUUCCGAUCGACCCAAACCUGACAGCUGAAGCCUCAUACCCGCAAUACACCGAAUCUGAGGGCUACACGGUAUCCGACCCAUCAGAGAGUCAGGACACAAGCCAGAUGGCGUAUUACAUGAUGCAGCAGCAGCAGCAGCAGCCUGCUACUGUCAACCCCAAUGAAGUUCUUCUGAACCCAGGUCAUAGCUACUCUUCUCAGAGCUAUCCCAGUUCUGCCUACCAAACUGGUGUAUAUGAAGCCGAGCCGGAAGCUUCUUCUUCGGCCGCACAGCCUCCCAGCCAGUACCACUGCUCAGAGUGUGACCGCUUCUUUCCGGGAAAUCGGGACUUCAACAAGCACAUGAAAAUACACGACAAACCGGUGAAGUGCAAGGCCGACGCUAGUUGCAAAGUCACAAAGGCAGAGCAGCGAGACAUGGACCGUCACUACCGAUCCUCGCACAGGGCCUACGCGGCCAGUAAGGGGAUCUUGACUGAAGAUGCCGUAUGCGGCUUCCAAGGUUGCACUUCAAAGUUUACUCGCAAGGAUAAUCUGCUCAAACACUGGAAGAAGUUUCAUGGGUAUGAACGACCAGGGAACUGA